AUGUCCGCCCCGUUUUUGAAAACCGUCAAAAUAUGGAAUCCAAAUCUCGACAGGUACUUCGAGCUCAAGAUGAUGCUAGACACCGGCUUCGAAGUCCACAAUCUCAUCACAUGGGAUGCUGUUUGUGCUCUUCAACUUACCAACGAAAUGAAUCCACGAACCGCAUAUAUUGCUACCUGCCUCAACGGCGAGCCACUGUCUUCUAUUGGUACACGUACUCGUGCUGCGUUGGAAAGGCAAGAGCUUUCGUAAGAUCUUUACGACGACUUUUCAAGUCAUCGACCGAGUCUCACUCCCGUGGGAUCUUAUUCUCGGAGCUCAAGAAAUAGAGGAACAUGGAAUUUUGAGUGUCGCUGGGUUUGCGGGAUCAAAACAUAUUCUACGGAAGGAGAAGAAAGGUAGGAAAUCGACACAUAUUCAUUCGAUCAAAAUUGACAUGCGUUACAGAAGAGAAAGUAAAAGCCGAAGAUCGGAGACGGGACCAAGACAAAAAGGCUGAGGCUAACAAAGUCAAGGUUGACAACCACAAGAGAGCGAAGGAGGAAUCGUCUACAACUUCAAAUAUUUGA